AUGGCACAAAAGCACUCUCGGAUGACUCGGGAAGCAGCGAAGGAAAGCAAACUGAGCACUGAAGUAGGAACCCAAAUGCAGAACGAAAAAGGAAACCUGAUGGACGUGCGUGGGGAAAAACCGCCUCGGCAUCCGUUUUCCCCUCCCUGCCCCGUAGCGGCUGGCAGUCCCGAGACACCGCCCCGUUCGGCAGCCGAGGCUUUUGUGGAGGCCACGGGCCAAGCCCUGGCAUGGACGCUCACCAACGGAGGCACGGACACCCUGGGCUCGACAGGCAGCGGCGGACAGAGGAAGCGCCUCCAGCACAACAAGCACAAGACUCAGGGCACCAACGUGGUGCACCGGUCCCCGCGAGCCCUCUUCUGCCUCAGGUUGAACAACCCCAUUCGCCAGGCUGCUAUCAACAUCGUCGAAUGGAAACCCUUCGACAUCCUCAUCCUCAUGACCAUCUUCGCCAACUGCGUGGCCUUAGGGGUCUAUAUCCCUUUCCCGGAGGACGACUCCAACGUCGCCAACCACAAUUUGGAGCAAGUGGAAUACGUCUUUCUCAUCAUCUUCACGGUGGAGACUUUCCUCAAGAUCCUCGCCUACGGUCUGGUCAUGCAUCCCAGUGCCUACAUCCGCAACGGCUGGAACCUUCUCGACUUUGUCAUUGUUGUCGUGGGGCUGUUCAGUGUGAUUUUGGAACAAGUUUCCCAUAAGCCCGGGGAGGCCCAUCAUAUGAGCGGGAAGCCCGGAGGAUUUGACGUCAAGGCUUUAAGGGCGUUCCGUGUCCUGCGGCCCCUGCGCCUCGUUUCUGGCGUCCCCAGCCUGCACAUUGUCUUGAACUCCAUCAUGAAGGCCAUGGUGCCCCUCUUGCACAUCGCGCUGCUGGUCCUCUUCGUCAUCAUCAUCUACGCCAUCAUCGGCCUGGAGCUGUUCAUCGGGCGCAUGCACAAGACCUGCUACAUUAUUGGCUCAGAGCUGGAAGCCGAGGAAGACCCUUCUCCCUGCGCCUUCUCCGGGCACGGCCGGGAGUGUACGGUGAACAACAGCGAGUGCCGCGGCAAGUGGGAAGGGCCCAAUGGGGGCAUCACCAAUUUCGACAACUUUUUCUUUGCCAUGCUGACCGUCUUCCAGUGCAUCACCAUGGAAGGCUGGACUGAUGUCCUUUACUGGAUGCAGGACGCGAUGGGUCAUGAGCUGCCAUGGAUUUACUUUGUCAGCCUCGUCAUCUUUGGCUCCUUCUUCGUGCUCAACCUGGUUUUGGGCGUGCUCAGUGGAGAAUUCUCCAAGGAGCGAGAAAAGGCCAAAGCCCGGGGCGACUUCCAAAAGCUACGAGAGAAGCAGCAAAUGGAGGAGGACCUGAAAGGCUACCUGGAUUGGAUCACACAGGCCGAAGACAUUGAGCCCGAUGACGAAGGCGACGAGACGGAUGACAAGCACAACCGCAUGUCUGUGGCCGACCUGACGGGGAAGAAGAGAGGCAAGAAAUGGUUCAAACACAACCACCACUCCGCUGAUCUUCACACCAGUCUUGCUGCCAGCGAAACCGCGUCUGUGAAUACGGAGAACGUUGGGGACGAAGACCAUCCUCCAAACCGUUGCUGCAACAUUUGCUUGGGCAGGUUCUGGAAGACGAAAUCCGGCCGCCAAUUGCGACGACUGAACCGCCUCUUCCGGAAGAAGUGCCGCCUUGCUGUCAAAUCCGUCUCUUUCUAUUGGAUGGUCCUACUGUUGGUCUUCCUCAACACCCUCACCAUUGCCUCUGAGCAUUACAAUCAACCUGACUGGCUCACAGAGAUCCAAGAUUACGCCAACAAGGUGCUUCUGUCGCUGUUCACCCUGGAGAUGCUGCUGAAGUUGUACAGCCUGGGCCUGCAGGCCUACUUUGUCAGCUUCUUCAACCGCUUCGACUGCUUCGUGGUGUGCGGCGGGAUCCUGGAGACCGUCUUGGUCGAGUUCAAAAUCAUGCAGCCCCUCGGGAUCUCUGUGCUUCGCUGCGUCCGGCUCCUGCGGAUCUUCAAGGUUACCAGGCACUGGGCCUCGCUGAGCAAUCUGGUGGCCUCCUUGCUGAACUCCAUGAAGUCCAUCGCUUCUCUGCUGCUCUUGCUCUUCCUCUUCAUCAUCAUCUUCUCCUUGCUGGGCAUGCAGCUCUUUGGGGGCAAGUUCAACUUCGACGAGACCCAGACCAAGCGCAGCACUUUCGACACCUUCCCCCAGGCCCUGCUCACCGUCUUCCAGAUCCUAACUGGCGAAGACUGGAAUGCGGUGAUGUAUGAUGGCAUCAUGGCCUACGGCGGCCCCUAUUUCCCAGGCAUGCUGGUCUGCGUUUACUUCAUCAUCCUUUUCAUUUGCGGAAACUAUAUCCUCCUCAAUGUCUUCUUGGCCAUCGCCGUGGACAACCUCGCAGACGGGGACAAUAUAAAUAGCGCGAAAAAGAAGAAAAAGGCCCCAACAGAGGGGGAGGAGAGCAAUGAAAAAGACGAGAAGAGUGUGAAGGUGGGCUGUGGUGAUGAAGAGGAAGAAGAAGAGGAAGGCAGUGCAGAAGAAGGUGAGGAGGAAGAGGAGGAUGAGGAAGGAGACCAGGAGAGCUUAGCAGAAUCCCGCGUGGACAAACCGGAGGAUAUUCCCAAGGAAAAAGUGUUGCCGAUUCCUGAAGGGAGUGCUUUCUUCUGUCUCAGCAAGACGAACCUGCUUCGCGUUGGGUGCCAUAGGCUGAUCCACCACCACAUCUUCACCAACCUCAUCCUCGUCUUCAUCAUCCUCAGCAGCAUCUCCCUGGCGGCAGAGGACCCUAUCCGGGCGCACUCCUUCCGCAAUAAUAUCCUGGGCUACUUUGACUAUGCCUUCACCGCUAUCUUCACUGUUGAGAUCCUGCUCAAGAUGACAGCCUAUGGUGCCUUCCUACACAAGGGCUCGUUCUGCCGCAACUGGUUCAAUCUUCUGGAUCUGCUUGUUGUCAGUGUCUCGCUCAUUUCUUUCGGCAUCCACUCCAGCGCUAUUUCCGUAGUGAAGAUCUUGCGAGUGCUGCGGGUGCUCCGUCCCCUCCGAGCCAUCAACCGGGCAAAGGGGCUCAAGCACGUGGUGCAGUGCGUGUUUGUAGCCAUCCGUACCAUUGGAAACAUCAUGAUAGUCACCACCCUCUUGCAGUUUAUGUUUGCGUGCAUUGGAGUUCAGCUGUUCAAGGGCAAAUUCUACAGCUGCACAGAUGAGGCCAAGCACACACCGGAGGAGUGCAAGGGCACAUUCAUUGUGUACAAGGAUGGAGAUGUGACUCACCCAAUGGUGCGGGAGCGCCUCUGGCUGAAUAGUGACUUCAACUUCGACAAUGUCCCGUCAGGCAUGAUGGCUCUCUUCACUGUCUCCACUUUUGAGGGCUGGCCAGCGCUGCUGUACAGAGCCAUUGAUGCCAAUGACGAAAACAAGGGCCCCAUCUACAACUACCGGGUGGAGAUCUCCAUCUUCUUCAUCGUCUACAUCAUCAUCAUCGCCUUCUUCAUGAUGAACAUCUUCGUGGGCUUCGUCAUCAUCACCUUCCGAGCCCAAGGAGAGCAAGAAUACAAGAACUGCGAGCUAGAUAAGAACCAGCGACAGUGUGUGGAAUACGCCCUGAAGGCCCAGCCUUUGCGGCGCUACAUCCCCAAGAACAAGUACCAAUACAAGGUCUGGUACAUGGUGAACUCCACAGGCUUCGAGUACAUCAUGUUCGUGCUUAUCCUGCUCAACACUAUUGCACUGGCCGUACAGCACCAUGAGCAGUCGAUGCCUUUCAACUACGUCAUGGACCUGCUCAACAUGGUCUUCACGGGACUCUUCACUGUCGAGAUGGUGCUGAAGAUCAUCGCCUUCAAGCCCAAGCACUACUUUGCUGAUGCCUGGAACACUUUUGAUGCUCUCAUCGUGGUGGGGAGUGUCGUGGACAUCGCUGUCACAGAAGUCAACAGUUCCGAGGACAGUUCCCGCAUCUCCAUCACCUUCUUCCGCCUCUUCCGCGUCAUGCGCUUGGUCAAGCUGCUCAGCAAAGGGGAGGGCAUCCGCACCCUGCUCUGGACCUUCAUCAAAUCCUUCCAGGCGCUGCCGUAUGUUGCCCUGCUGAUCGCCAUGAUCUUCUUCAUCUAUGCUGUCAUUGGCAUGCAGACCUUUGGGAAAGUGGCGUUGCAGGACAACACCCCGAUCAACCGCAACAAUAACUUCCAGACCUUUCCGCAGGCCGUGCUACUGCUCUUCAGGUGUGCCACCGGGGAAGCCUGGCAGGAGAUCAUGCUGGCCAGCUUGCCGGGCAAACGCUGCGAUCCGGAGUCCGAUUACGAGCCCGGGGAAGAGUUCACCUGCGGCAGCAACUUCGCCAUCGUUUACUUCAUCAGCUUCUUCAUGCUCUGUGCCUUCCUGAUCAUUAACCUUUUUGUUGCUGUCAUCAUGGACAAUUUUGACUACCUAACCCGAGACUGGUCCAUUUUGGGUCCCCACCACCUUGAUGAGUUCAAGCGGAUCUGGUCAGAAUAUGACCCAGCUGCCAAGGGUCGCAUCAAGCACCUGGAUGUGGUGGCCCUGCUACGCCGCAUACAGCCACCCUUGGGUUUCGGGAAGCUCUGCCCCCAUCGUGUGGCCUGCAAGAGACUGGUGGCAAUGAACAUGCCCCUGAACUCAGAUGGGACCGUCACCUUCAACGCUACCCUCUUCGCUUUGGUGAGGACGUCCCUCAAGAUCAAGACGGACGGAGAACUGGAGGUGGCCAAUAAGGAGCUCCGCUCGGUCAUCAAAAAGAUCUGGAAGCGGACGAAGCCCAGGCUGCUGAAUGAGGUGAUACCCCCGCCGGAAGAGGAGGAGGUCACCGUGGGGAAGUUCUACGCCACGUUCCUGAUCCAGGACUAUUUCCGGAAGUUCCGGAAGCGGAAGGAGAGGGGGCUGCUGGGGCCAGACGGGCCCCCGAGCAACUCUUCCGCUCUGCAGGCUGGACUGAAAAGUCUGCAAGACCUGGGGCCUGAAAUCCGCCGGGCGAUGUCCUGCGACCUGGAAGAGGAAGAAGAAGAGGAAGCAGAGGAGACGGUGUGCGAAGAGGAGACCGUGACCUACAAGAGCUCUGAAGCAUUGUACAGCAGCGCUCCGGAGCAUGACCACCAGGCCUCAGCCACCGCAGUGUCACCAGACCAGGAGAGCAAGACUUUGGCAAACGGCCUCGUGGGCUCUCGCAACCCCUCCAGCGCCAGCCUUUCCCACAUGACCAACGGGCCGACCUCUUAUGAGGAAAACGUCAGCGGCAAUGACGAACCUGCUGAGCUGCCUACCCUCCCUGCACGGCGCCGGAUGAGCAGACACAGCUCCGAUGGCAGCUCCAACCCAGCAGCGGUGCAAGAAGAAGCCACCCAUUCAGAGGACUACGGUGAGGACACCUCAGCCGAGCAAGGAUACUACAGUCGAGAGGAGGACUCUGAGAGCUUGGCCUCCCACGACAGGCAGCCCAGCCUGAACAACCCUCGGAUCCACAACCCUCGGCCCCACCACCGUCACUGGGACAACGGCUACGGCGGAUCGCUGCCCCUCCCCUCCCGGCACGGCAACAGUGGGCUGGCCAACGGGCUUCCGGAGAGCAGGCCGACCAAGCGCAGGCGCCUCUUGCCCCCCACCCCUACAGGCCGCAAACCCACCUUCAGCAUCCAGUGCCUCCAGCGCCAGGGCAGCUGUGACGACAUCCCCAUCCCAGGCACCUAUCACCAGAACGCACCCCCCUGCAGAGCACGCACACAGGGCUACGGCAGCUACGAUUCAUGGCAUACAAGCAGCCACUCCUCGACGUCGUCCUCCAAGUCGUGGGCGACGCCCCCCAAGCGAAGCCGGCUGCUUUACGCCCCGCUGAUCCUGGUGGAGGAGGAUGGCUCACCGGGCCGCGACUGGGAGCAGAACAGCAGCAGCCUCCCCCCCAUGUCGAGGGCCCGCUGGUACACGGAAGAGCAGGAGCUUCCCUACCGCACCUACGGUCACCUCCACGUGCCCAGCCCCCUCAAGCACGGCUACAGUGACAAGCGGGGCAGUGCCGACAGCCUGGUGGAGGCGGUGCUCAUCUCCGAAGGCUUGGGCCUCUAUGCCCGGGACCCAAAGUUCGUGGCCUUCGCUAAACGGGAGAUCGCCGACGCCUGCCACAUGACCAUUGACGAGAUGGAGAGUGCCGCCACCGACCUCCUGAGCCGCAAGCGCCCCAGUGGCGACAGCGGCACCCGGGGGGGCGGCCACGUCUUGUACAGCAGCGACGGGGAGCACAGUGGGGUGGGCAGCCUCGGCCCCGUCUACAGCGAUGAGGAGCCCUACCGCUCCCGUGAGGAAGAGGACUUGGCUGACGAGAUGGCCUGCGUCACCUCUUAUUGACCUCGACGUGCCCCUCUGGUGGGGCGCAGAGGGACCAUCGCUGUGGAGAGACACCUAGAACUCUGAAGCCUUCGGGCCCAAAGGACUACGGCUCAGCGGCAGAAC